UGUUUUGCUUUUGCCGUUCAUCGUUUCACGUAGCCAUUUCUGGUUAGCAUCUCUGUAGAGUAGCACAGCUAUCACCGCUAGCUCUAACAAACUACUAUGGCACAGGCAGCCCAGGCAGCUGUCUUCGACGCGAACAACUCUCAGAUCCAGGUGGAGCACGAUAAAAAGCGCCGGCAAUUUGUUAUAAGACUAAAUGGAUCUCAUGAUCGUGCGGUUCUUCUGUAUGAAUAUGUGGGGAAGAAGACGGUGGACUUGCAACACACCGAAGUUCCAGAUGCUUACAGAGGGAGAGGAAUAGCCAAGCACCUGGCCAAGGCAGCCAUGGAUUUUGUGGUGGAAGAGGAUCUGAAAGCCCACUUGACCUGCUGGUACAUUCAGAAAUACGUCAAAGAGAAUCCCCAGCCUCAGUACUUUGAACAUAUUUAUCAAUGACACCUUCAUGGCUCCGACAGAGAAGAGAAGGCGAAAGAGACUCCCAGGGGAUAAACACUGUGUGACAGCAUGCUUUGGAGUUACAGGCAGAUUUAACACAAGAAACCUUCCAGGCAUUGUUAAACAUGACAUUGAGUGACUCCAGAGACAACUGACAGCAAAGACAUCUCUCAGCUGAACGUUGGGUCGACUCACCAGAAACAGGAAGUGAAUUAGCUGGUCUCGACUUGUAAAAACAUGAGCAAAUAAACUAACCAAAGCUGAAGCCUGUUACCUCAAGACAGAAAUCUUCAGGGUGUGUGUACCCAUCAAUGACUGGAAGCAAGGGUUAGGCGUGUAAUGAGAACAGAUGUGAGUCAAAUCUUACGUCGCAAACUUUCUGUCCUCCUCACUAGUUGGGAGCAGCGCUACAAGAUGACCGACCCAGGUGUCUUUCUCCAUGAUAGUUUGGAUGGAAGCAACGAGUGCUUCACUAAUGCUCAAACUGUGAUGACUUUUAUAUAUUUAGACCCCUUUUUUGAUAUUCAAUGGCUUUGUUUUUUAUGUAACUUUCAAUUUCCACUCCUCUCUUAGAAAUUGUGUUUCUUACAGCUGAAAUGCUAAUUUCGUAGGCUGUGAAUGCUAAACGCAUCUUUGAAACAUCAAGCUACUCAAAAGAGGCAUUGUUUUCCUGGGUAAUUGGAAAGAGGUAAAGGCAUAAAUUUAGUAGGUAAUGGGUCAUUUAAAAAAAAAUAUAUAUAAUCUUAUUUUGAAGACAUCUAUUUGGUUCCAGUGUUACUCUAUUCACUUCAUUCUUCCCAGUAACAGAAAUAUGCUUACUGUCCAUUAUUGGAGUCGUACAUUGACUAGUCAAAGGUGCAGGGACUUGUAAACCAAAGAACACAAACUGAGGAUGUUUAACUGUUCAGAUGCAAUCCUGAAGAAGCCUCAAGACAAAACUCAUUAUUUUCUCCAUUGUAUGUGUUAAAUGUUAGACACAAGCAUGUGAUAAAUUGGGCCUCAAGCUUGUCACUGUUUGGUACAGCGCCUCAGUGUGGAUAUGGAUAAAUAACUGUACUAUAACCAGCAUUACAAAAACAUCACUAUUGUAUUCAGGACAUUUGCAUUUUAUUGGUGUCCACUGUCCGAAAAUGACACUGGACCUUUUUUUAUUUCUUACCCUCAAGGCUUGUUUCGCAAGCUGAUGUCAAAAUAAUAAAGGUCAUCAUGGAAGAAAACUUUUACUCCAAAAAAAACAAAAAACAAAGGAUUAAUGCGGUUUCCCUUUUUUGGCUCUUCUGGAGAUUUUGCUGUUGACAAUCUUAGGUGUCGAGGAGAUAAAUACCUCAGGUUACACAACACACUCUGGCAGGACAAACAUCAACAACUGUAUGAUUUAAUCACUUUGGAAACCACUUUCCCUUUGUAAAACUUUUCUUUAGGUGACAUGCACCUAUUGGUAGACCCGGGUAUCCAAGAUGGUUAUUUUUUGUGUGUUUAUGUUAAGAUUUGUGUGUUUUCUUGAGAGGAAGUUUUGACCAGGUGUCAAAUGCGUCAAUGUACCAAUCCUUGUUUAACUGUUUUGUGCUUGAGACUUGUUUUUUCAUUCUUGUCUCUAAAUAAAUACAUUAAAUACUCAUCA